GGGACGGGGGGCUGAGCAAAAGUUUCAUCGGCGGCACGAGAUGAGGAAAACAGAAUGAGUGAAUGACGGGACUUCACAGAGCCAGGAGAGGAUUUUCCGACCCCUUUUCCAUGCGAGCCUCUUUGGACAUGUACACGGAAGGCGGGGAAGGACGCCGAUUUCUCCAGCCCAACGGCGUCGCCGCUCCGUGCGCCUACCGGCACCGCGAUGGCCCGGGGUACCAAGCAGCAUCCGCCACACAUCCGGACCACCCGCAUCUGGACGGCCACGGAGACAGCCAGCCUCUUCGUGUUAAGGACGCAGGGGGAAGGGCGUUCAGAGGUGGUCCCUGCGGCGCUCACAAACAGCCUGUCUUCCUGGGGCCCGGCCCCUUCAGCCACUCACAGGACUUGGCCCGACUCAGUCCCCCGUGGGAAUUGAAGCCAGCCCAGUGGAGCCGCUCGUCAGAACUGGCUACGAGACACUGCCAGUUUUUCAGGGAGCGCUGUGAGUGUGCGGCGGCGUCCAACCACAGCAGGGCACACCCCUUUCACGUCCGGAUACCGCAUCCACUCCCUCAUCUGCGGGUCAACGGUCACGCCUGUGGAUAUAGCAGGAGCCUGCACCAUAAUGUUUGGGCGGACAAAGGAGAAGAUGCUUCGACUUGCAUCAAGCAAAACGGCCAUUCGGAGCAUCCCUUUGCCACCGCUAACGGCCACUGCGCACCCAAGCAGAGAAGGGAUAUCCGACUGGACUCGGGUGGAUCCGGGGAGAACUGCAACGGGCACCAUCGCAAAGCUUUCUUCCCCACCGAAGUCCCGCAGAAGCACUUUGACCGAGACAAACGGAAAGAAGUUUGCAUCCGUGGUCCGGCCGCCGUCGAUCCAGAAGCGCCCAUCAUUGACGGAGCUAGCCGGCAGGAUUUGGUGAAGGAUCAGAUCCGACAAGUGGUGACGAAUCUGGAGGACGUCUUGGGAGGUUUGAAGCAGGUUCACGUGGAGAUGAAAGAGGUCAUUGAGCAGAUCGAUCAUCUGACGGCCAGUAUGGACCUGAACGAGGACCCGCGCAACGUGGCUUGUGGCUCGACAGGCGACGCUCAUCCAGGGGAACCGGCCGAGUGGUCGAGGCGUUCCGACGAGGAGCGGGUCAUCCUGAGAACAAACUCUCCAUCCCCGGUUCAUACGGCGUCCGUGGUCAAAACUCGCUGCUUCACCCCACCGACUCGCACAAACCACCCCAAGCACACAAACGGCCAUCCGCCUCUGAUCUUCUCCGACCACAAAGCGGACAACCCGGAGUCCCGUUGGCAGCACCUCAAUCCUCAAGUUGUCGUGGGUAACAGCACGACGUUACGCUCGAGGACUCAAAAGCCUCCGCUGUACCCGCACAACGGGAUUUGCGGCAAAGACUCGCAUCCAUCCGGCAAAGCCACGAGGACCCCCGCGGACGUCUGGAGAAGUCGCCACAACAACAGCAUGCUAUGAAGAAGGGGAGAGAGAGAGAGAGAGAGAGAGAGAGAGAGAGGUGGCAGCGGCAGUGAUAAGGGGGAGGGGGGGCUCGAAACAUGACACCCUGCGGCAGUGACCGGAGGUCAACGCAAUUCCGAGCAGGAGAACAACUCAUGGAUGUCUUUCCAGCCUCGGGGCCAAGAUAAUCCUGAACGGAAAACUCUUCCCCCGUGAAACCUCUUCCAUUCCACUGAUGCCAAAUAAAUCGAUGGCAACGCCAAGAGGACAUGCGCUGCUUCCCAGGAGGACACGUGCCCGUAGUCGGUGUCAUCCGUCUUUUGGAAUUGAACAAACGAAAGCAUUUAAAGUGACUAACGACUAAUUAACUAUGUAACCAGAAAAAAAAAAACUCUGAAAUUUUACUUGGAUGGAUUACAGGUAUAUUGGAUUGUUCCAUUGACUCUGGGGAUCGGGGCUAUCAAAUUGGGCUCCUCCAAACAAAAUAACUAGCAAUAAACCAUUAGUUCAGGACUUGGGCUGUUAUUCUUUCAUGUACCACUAGAGGGAGCCCGUAGACCAUACUUCGGAAAUCACUGCUUUACAAUGAAUGUGAAUUGUGCACAGCUGAAAAUCAAAGUUAUCUUUUAUGACCAAAUAAAUGGACUGGCCUUAACAGCAAACAGUCAGUGGCAGCUCGAGUGAAUGUAGUCGACGUGUAUCUUUAAAGCUAUGUUUGAAAACAAUGGAUUUGUUUCUUACUGUAUGCCAGAUGAAAUGGAAGUGUUCUUCUGUGUGAGUGAGUGUGUGUGGGGGGCGUUUCUCAAAUAAAUCAAUUUGACAUCCCAAUUAUCCAGUGGAAGAGAUAAUGUAGCUCUGAAUGUCCUACAUUUUAACUUUGAAAUAAAAAAGAACUGACUCAA